AUGCCCACCCUCGCGGGCACCGAAGACGGUCGUGGAGCGGGAUCUGGUCGUUACGGCUCGGCACGCCGACGGAGAGCGGAGCGACGGAGGUUGAAAUGCCGGCUGGAUGCGCCCCGAGCACCCGACACCGUGCGGAUAGACACCGCGCCCCGCGGCCGCAUCGCCACCACGCCUCGUCUUCCGGAUCCGCCUGCGACACGUGACGCCCGCAGAUACCGCGCGCCGUCGACCCUGUCAGUCAGGCAGCUGGCCGGCAAGUCCCCCGCAGGACAACACACAACAGAGACUAUGCGCCGCCUAGCUCAAGCGCGCACGCCAUCUCGGUGCUGCACCGUCCACGCCCGCCUGCUUCUUGCUUCGCACAGUCGCUCGCGCACAACAAGGGCAGGUCGUUCGCGCGGCGGAGGCUCGGCGGGGGUCCGCUCUGCCUCGCUUCGCCCGUCUGGGGUUCACUCAAGCGGAGCCACGCACGCCGUGGGCCGCGGUGCUGCAGACACACUUCGCGCACGCGACAUGCUCAUCCCUCGCUCUCUGCCCCAAUCAAAACGCGCACCACGUGUGCUCUCGCCGUUGCGCGAUGCAGGCCUCGCCCGCGUGCCGGCAAUGGGCCCUGCACUCAUUUUGUUCAUUUUGUUGAUCGGUCGGCAGAGCGCGUGCGACAGGCGAUGCGACGCAGUGGAAUAUCUCAGUUUGCUGGGAGGAUGCAGCAGUCGAGCUCUGUCGCGCUCGAAAGUUCAUGCCAUACACGCGCCUCGAGCUGAAGAGCUUGGCGGCGCGGCGUCGGCGCAACUGAACAAACACUACUAA